CGCUUCAGCUGGAUCUGAAUGAAUGGAGGAGAAACAGACUGAGGGCUGGGAGUGAGGAAGAGCUGCAGCGGAGCGCUGAGGUCCUGAUGUUCUGAUGUUCCUCCAAACAAACCAGCAGGAGAUAGAGCGGGAUUUCUCCCCGCGGAGGAGCCAUGCUGCAGUAACAACACACCGGAGAGGAGGAGACCGAGACCGAGAGAGCGGCGGGGAGAACCGACCGACCGACCAACCGACCGACUGACCGCAAGCUACAGGCAGCCGUUGGUUUUCUAUCUCAGUUGGAGUAAAUGCAGCGCUAGAUGGUUCCCAACAAGUGGACUAUGAAUCCAAGUCUCCACAAAUCUCCUCCCAGGAGCUGGCUCGGGAUUCGGCUACGUCUCAAUGAGAAGCCGACGCAGGAGGAGGAGUGUGUGUGUCAGCAUCCAGACUGCACUGAGCGCCGCCGCGCCUCAAAGGUGUGCCAUCAUCCUGACUGUCAGGACCUGAACAACAAAAGCCCUCUUCACCUGUGUGAGUCAUGUGACUCUCGCUGCCACCUGGACGAGACGGACAACAUGCAUUUUGACCGGCACCCUCGCUUUGACCUGCAGCCACAAGGUUCCAUCCUGGCGCGGAAUGUGUCCACACGCUCCUGCCCCCCGCGCACCAGCCCCCCUUCAGACCCUGAUGAGGAAGAGGGAGGAGGAGGGGGCACUGAGCGAGGGGGACGUAAAGCAGGAGGGAUGAAGCUGAGGCGGGACCGGAGGCGCUACACUGAUGACCCAAGCAAGGAGUGCUUCACCCUCAAGUUUGACCUGAACGUGAAUAUAGACACAGAGAUUGUUCCAGCGGUGAAGAAGAAGACGCUGAGAGAGGUACUGGGACCAGUGUUUGAGCGGAAAGGCAUCGAGUUAUCCCGAGUAGACCUGUUCCUGGACCAGUCCAACACUCCUCUCUCGCUCCAAUUUGAGGCCUACCCCUUCGGAGGGCACUACAUCAAAGUCAAAGCUCGUCCGGGUGAUGAGCUGAAGGUGGAGCAGGGAGUGAAGGACCUGCGCUCUCUCAGUCUUCCCAAUAUGAAGAAUUCGAGCGGGGGCAGCCCGUACAUCCUCGCCCCCACCAACGAGAAGGUGGAGCACACUUCCCUGACCCAGCGAGAGAGCGUGGACAUACUGGGUCAAACACGUCGGACAAAAAACAUGACCAAGUUCCUAGGUGAUGAAAACAUCCCGUCUCCAGACUCUCUGGCCGGGCUAGGGGGUUCUCUUCCCAGCCUCCCUCCUGGAUUUGAUAACCGCAAGAACCGCGCAGCCAGCCGCUUUAGUGGAUUCUUCUUCCCCGGCUCUGGAAAGGAGGUGGACCGCGUGGAGCAGCUGAAUAACAGGCUGCAGAUGUACACGUUCCACGGCCUGCCCAAGGUCCCUCCCCAGCCCUCCUUCCACCACGACUCCUGGGAGGAGGAGGAGGACGAGCCCAACCUGACGCUGGAGGAGAGCUGGCAGAAUCUGCUGGAGAAUCCAGAGACUCUGAGCAAGCGCCAGUUCCAACAGCAGGAGGCGAUAUGGGAGCUGCUUCAGACUGAGGCCACGAACCUCAAGAAGCUCAGGGUUAUCACUGAUCUGUUCCUGUGUGGCCUGCUGAACCUACAGGACUGUGGGCUACUGGUUGAGGUGGAGCCGGCUAAACUCUUCAACAACAUCCAGGACCUGGUCCGAGUGCACACGGCGCUGUGGAACCAGGUCAUGCUGCCAGCACUAGAACGGGCACGCCGAGAUCGGAGCCUGCUGGACCCAACUGACAUGCACCUGGGCUUCCAAACGUUUUCAUCACGGUUCGAGCCCUACCUGCGAUACUGCAUGGAAGAGGAGAGCUGUAUGGAGUACAUGCGCACACAACUGAGAGACAACGAGCUCUUUAAAAUCUACAUUACAUGGGCUGAGGGCAACAAACAGUGCAACCGGCUGAAGCUGGCUGACAUGCUGGCGAAGCCACACCAAAGACUGACCAAAUACCCACUGCUGCUCAAAACCAUCCUGAAGAAAACUGACGACAGUGCUGCCAAAGAUGCUCUCCUCAAUAUGGUGGUGUGUGUGGAGAGCUUCAUCAACAGCGUGGACUCUAAGAUGCUGCAGAGGCAGGAGAAGCAGAAGCUGGCGGCGAUUUCGGCUCGGGUAGAGAGCUACGAGGCAGUGGAGGGAAGCAGUGAGGAGGUUGAGAGGGCUCUGAGAGAGUUCAACCGCAUUGACCUCACGGCUCCUAUGAUAGACACUUCUCCAGAGGAGACCAGACAGCUCCACCUGGAGGGGGCGCUGCGCAUGAAAGAAGGAAAAGACAGCAGGAUGGAGGUUUACUGCUUCCUCUUCACUGACCUCCUGCUCAUCACCAAACCAGUGAAGCGCUUAGAGAAGGUCAAAGUGAUCAGACAGCCUCUACUCAUCCAUAACAUCGUCUGCAAGGAGCUCAAAGACCCGGGCUCUUUUGUCCUCAUCUACCUCAAUGAGUUCAAAAGUGCUGUGGCUGCGUAUUCCUUCCAGGCCAACAGCACCUCCCAGGGGCGAAGCUGGGUAGAUGCCAUCUGCAAUUUGCAGAACCAGCUCCAGCGUCUGCGCUCUGAGGAGGCUCGGCGGCGGCAGGCCAGACUGAAACAGAGACUGGAGGCUGCAGAGGAAGAUGAGGGAGGAGAGGAGAGCUGUAACUCCACUGCCAGCUCCCCACGACUCCCAAACAAGGAGCAGCGCAGUGCAGGAAACUCAGACGGCUCAACGGAGACUCUGUCUGUGGUAGAAAUAGAGGAUUCUGGGGCGAGCUCAGAUGCCUCCGCGCUGCAGGCUGACCCCGGCGCCCCCCGCUAUGAAGCCCCUUCUAUUGUCCUCAGUAGCUCUGAACCCCAGCAGAUCCCACCUGCUCCAGAGACCGACCCCCUGGACGGGUCAGAGCUGGACCCACAGUACCGCUCUCUCUCCAUGGACAGCGCCUACGGCACCCUCUCGCCCGAGUCCCUGCUGGAGCUGCAGAGCCGGACGGCCACCAGCGAGGGGGACAGCACGGAGGAGGACGGAGAGGCAGACACUGAGGAGGAGGGAGGAAGCACAAAGGCAGAAGAUGUGACCACAGCUGAGGAAGAGAAUGAGGAAGAAAGGGAGGAAGAGGAGGAGGAGGAAGAGGAAGAGAGCUCGUUUGGCUCUCGGCUCUCAGUGGCUCACCGGUUAAAGCCCAGACGGAGACCCCCGGUCAACUUCCGUCUGCAGAGCCUGCAGAAACUGGAGUUCAAGUCCCAUUCUGAGGACAACCUGCUGCAGCGCGUCCACGAGGAGAGCAAGCACAGUGCAGACCAGGCUCCCACGACUGAUGUUUCAGACAACAGCAGAGUGUCCAAGAUGGCCGAGGGUCUGGCUUACAGCAGAAGCCUGACUGAACUAAUCACCACCAACACGUCGCCGUACCGGACGGGCAGAGAGAGAGCCGAAAGCCACCGGCUGACCUCCAGCCUGCCCGCCUCCGUCUUCACAGAUACACUGAGACGCAACAAAGCACAGCUAGCCAAGAACAAGAAGAGCAAGAGGAUUAUGGGCCGCAGAGGCUCGGACGGAGAGGUGGGGCCGCCUAGAUCGACGGAGGAGGGACACAGCGAAAAGAAGUCUCAACAGCACAAGAAGCUCACACUCGCACAGCUGUACAGAAUACGCACCACACUGGUACUCAACUCCACUCUCACAGCCUCGGAAGUCUAGACCCUGCCAUUCCAGCAGCCACCAGCAGCGCCAGGUUCACCUGGCAGGACUGAAUCCCUCGCCACAUGAAUGCACUCUAACCACUGAGGUGUCUCUCAGGCCUCUACGCUCCCUCCCUCUUCCGUGUGGAGUCGUCUUCCCUGCUCUGCUGAACCGCUUUGGGAGAGGCUUUUUUUUUUUUGCACUUUGUCAAACAAGUAGCUUUUUUUUCUUGUUGUUGUUGAAGAGGGAAAGCAAAGAUUUAAGGGAACAAUGGAUCCUGACCAAUAGGGGGAGCUCUACGGAAAGUAAACGAGGCAACAGUUUGAGCAGGUCUUUCCCACUUGGAGUUUGCCUAGGUAGGCAAGCUUGAAAGGAUGAAAAACAUCAUAAAAACUGAGUAAAAAAAAAAGAAGUUGUCCUUAGAGCAUGCAGUCCAACAAUCCCUGAAUGUCCACUGUCUGAGAUUUGUUUAAGGAGAGCUGAAACAGACAUUGAGCUGAUGUACAGUUCAGUAAAGGGUUCAGUUCAAUGUUUAAAGAAAAAAGAACAAACAGUAAAAGAACAAUACGUGCUCUUUGUUCGCUAAUUUUCCUUUUGUUUGUGAAAUUUCUACUUCGGAAUUUACAUUUCACCUUUAAUUUCACGUCCUCUUCCAAGCUGCUCCUCAGUUGCGUCCCUUGCAAUGAUCUCCUUGCUAAAAUGUCCCAUUCAACCAUGUAUGCCACCCCUAGAUUAUGGAAAGAAAAGAAAAAAGAGGUCAAAGGGUCACAUGGAGCUGACCUGCAUGUGUUUAGGCCUGAAGAGAAACACAGGUCAUUUCACUGUUUAAGAGAACUAAUGGAUUAGGCCUAGGGGUGGGCAAUAUGGUAAAAAUCAAUAUUGUAUUGUGAUGGUUAAAGUCGAUAUAAACAGAUUUUCAUGAUACAUCAUAUAUACAGCUCUGGAAAAAAAUGAGAGCACUUCAGUUUCUGAAUCAGUUUAUCUGAUUUAGCUAUUUAUAGAUAUAUGUUUCAGUAAAAUGAACAUUGUUGUUUUAUUCUAUAACCUACUGACGACAUUUCUCUUACAUUCCAAAUAAAAAUAUUGUCAUUUAAAGUAUUUAUUUGCAGGAAAUGCAAAGAAAUGCAAGAAAACAAGUUCAUAUUCAUAAAGUUUUAAGAGUUUAGAAAUCAAUAACCCUGGUUUUUAAUCACAGUUUUCACGCAUCUUGACAUCAUGUUCUCCUCCACCAGUCUUACACACUGCUUUUGGAUAACUUUAUGCCACUACUGGUGCAAAAAUUCAAGCAUUUCAGCUCGGUUUGAUGGCUUGUGAUCACCCAUCUUCCUUUUGAUUAUAUUUCAGAUUAUAUUUCAGAUUACAUUUCAGAUGUCUGGAUAUUUGAUAUAUGUCUGGAAAUGCUGACAGAAUGCAUCAGUAUAUGCAAAAGUAUAUUGCGUACCACAAUAACAAGAUAAGUUUUCUAUCACAAUAUAAUAUCAAAUAUUUUUAUACUGCCCACCCCUAGUUAAGCCAUUCAUAUGUCACAUGACUGUAUUACUAUGUAUAAAGUUUGUACGUGUGUAUGUAUAUGUGUGUAUGUAUGUGUACAGUAUGUUGAAUGCAGGCUGAACCAAAGCUAUAUGAAACUUUUUUUAUUAUUAUUAUCUUAUGUGUUCUGUUUAUUUGUUUUCUUCCCCUCAGAGGACCCAAUAGAUAAUUCAAGUAGCUGCUAAAUGCUACGUUAAAAAAUUAAAUAGGACCAGUAUUAAUUGAUGACCUUGAUGUUUAUAAAGCAGCAGUGAUUAUUAUUUAAUCAGAGUGUGUGUGUAAUGAGAGAGUAUGUAUGAGUGUGGUACAGCUAAUGCAGUCGCUGUGGCUUUGUCUGCAAUGUUUGUAGUAUUUUUUUUUUUUUUUACCUAACAACAUUCAAAAAGUUACAUACACAUAAAAUGUUGGAGUGAACUGAAACAACUACAUACAGAGUGUUUGGAAAAGUCGCUUGAAAUGUCGUACGUGUCUAAAGUGGAAUGAGAUUGCUUCGUAAAUGUUACUCAACACAUAAGUAACGUAGCAUUUAGUGACAUUUAGUCAAGAAAUUUACUUGCUGUUAACUGUGUGUUUGUGUAAGCAUGAUUUCAGUGUCAAAUCAUUGUAAAUUUAGUUUUAGUAAUUUGGUAAUAAAGUUUUGAGGAAAGAAACACAAUGGGGACACAGAUGCAAUGGUGUCCAUUAUUCCAUUAUUGCAGGAUUCUGUCCCCAAAACUUUAUUACUAAAUUACUAAAACUAAACUAAUGAUAAGUUUUUCAGACAUUUUUUGAUAAAUCACACUACCGAUUAACACAACAGAUUACAUAUUUACUCACUAAAUUCCCAUCCCUGCAUUUAAAUGCCAUGUUUAGCUGUUUUCUUCAAUUUAAAUCGUAUAAAUUGCAUUUCCUCCAUUAGUUUGGUGCCUGCAUUGGUUGUGCGCACCUUCAGAAACAAACGCAAUACAUUUGCAAUGUGCAGCACACAAAAAAAAAGGCUAGGGCUCUUGCAGUGAGGAGGAGCUUUAAAGAAAGGCUGCCAUCAUCUCUGUAAUUGUCCUUUUCGGUUUGUCGAGUGGAGCCCUCUAGUGGAAGCCUCCAGUAACACUCGCAAACAGCACACAGGCAAGUGUGUUUACAUGUGUGUACAUUGUCUAUGCAAACGCUUGGCCAAACAGCAAGUACAUCUCUAUACUAAUACUGACGAGUGAACACAGUAAACAGCUUAAGCAUUACUGGGAGAAAGCUUAACUUCAGUGGAAAUGAAGAAAAAAAAAAAAAGAAAAAGAAAAAGGAAAGACAGCAGUGUCCAAAUACAUUUCACAUUCACUAAACGUGUGGAUCUCUCACUCUUUCUCGAUCUGCACAGUGUUUCUCAUCAUGUAUUUUUAGGAUUUAUGGAAAAGAGCCUGAUCCUAGAUCAGCACUUAAGUCUGUUGAGGAGUUCUUAUAAAACACUGAAGUGAUCUGGCAGGGUUUAAGUUUAGACUUUACCUGAGUUUACCUCAGGUAAGUUUAGAGUUUACCUGAUUUCUGAAAAGCCUCAGGUUAACAUUCAAUUGUGUUUUCUUUUUUUGUUAUAAUGAAAAAAGCAUGCAACCUAAUACUUUUAAAAGGUAUUACAGUGAAAUUCUGCCUGAUCACCUACUAAAUCAGAACCAGUACCAAUCAUCUACUAAACCAAAAUGUCAGUUUUGGAAAAGUUGCCCAAAAUUAAUAUUAUGUAUUACUUGUUUACUUCUAGAUUUCUUGGUGUUUGUCAUAUUUAUUGAGCUUCCUUUGUUUUAUAUAUAUGAAAUAUGGUUUGUAAAUGUGUUGUUUAUUUCCUGACUGUAAUAUUUUUGUUGUUUUGUAGUCUUAAUUUGUUGAUUUGUUGAUAAAUGUUUUGCUUAAAUUGCUAAGAGGUUUAAAAAACUGCUAAAAACCAAAAUAACUCUGUUCCCUGUGUUUGGGAAUGUCCUUUAAGUGUCUUAUAAAAUAAAAAGACAUCUUACAAUAUUGUA